AUGCCGCGUCCGCCUAAUCGACUGCUGGAGUUAGCAAAGACUCAAUGUCGCAUAUUCUCAACGACCUUUAAUCCCCAAGGCCUUCGUUUGGGAAACAAGAUCCUCCGGCAGCGUCUACGCGGUCCAACCCUUGCGGCAUGGUACCCAAAGAAAAUAGUGACAUUUCGUGAUUUACAAGAUAUCUGCAAAUCUCAAGAUCUGGUUACAUUCGAUGAGCUAGAGGAUGACCGGGAGGAGGCAAUUCAAGUUGCAAAGCUGAGAGGAAAGGGUAGACCAAAGAAGAAGCGAACCCCGAGUGAACCGAAAUUUGUGAGAAAGAAGAAAUAGUGUUGUUGUUCAAGUUGUAUACCCAAUAUAAACUAAGGGAAGUGAAAUCACUGCGUGAUUAGUAAGGGAAUGGAUGGUUUUACAGGGUGUAUUCCAUUCCUUUCUAUAUAAGUAAUUCAUAAGGAUUCUUGUGUCUUUCCUCUUCACCUCAGAUUUUGAUAGGGUUUUCAUAAGGUUUGUAGGUGAUUACUAUAUAUAAUUAGGUUAUAUAUAAAGCAAACUCUUUAUUUACAGACUCAUAAACUAGAAGUGAGUGAGUGAGUGAGUGAGUAUUGCAUUAUCCUCUAAUAUGGCCCUAUUUAGGGCCCUUUUAGAGUCGCUGACGGCCAGGCGGUGAUAACUAGG